AUGUCGAUGGAUCUCGAUUCUGUGGCACUGCCAUCCGUCCAGAAACCACAAACAGCCACAAUUUUAUGUUGUAAUUGUGGCGCCGCAAUUGACGGAACUGCUUCUGCUGGUGCAUUAUGUUACGACUGUAUCAAACUCUCGGUCGACGUCUCAGAGGGAAUUCAGCGGGAAGGCGUACUACAUAUUUGUAGAGACUGCGAAAGAUGGUUAAGUCCGCCCUCGCAGUGGGUUACAGCCGCUUUGGAAAGCAGAGAACUCCUUGCUCUGUGUUUGCGAAAGCUGAGAGGUCUCAAUAAAGUCCGUAUCAUCGACGCAAGUUUUCUAUGGACAGAACCGCAUUCCAGACGAGUGAAGGUCAAAAUCACUGUUCAGCAGGAAGCAUUUGAGGGGACUAUCUUACAACAAACUUUCGAGGUGGAGUAUGUCGUUGCCUAUCAACAAUGUCCGGAGUGUGCAAAAUCAUACACACCAAACACAUGGCGAGCGUCGGUCCAAGUCCGACAGAAAGUCCCACACAAACGUACUUUUCUUUAUCUUGAGCAACUCCUUCUCAAGCAUGGAGUGCACAAAGACACAAUCAACAUCAAGGAAGUCAAAGAUGGCUUAGAUUUUUAUUUUGCGCAACGAAACCAUGCCGAGAAAUUUGUCGACUUCCUGACCUCAGUCGCCCCUGUCAAGGUGAAGAAAUCACAAGAAUUGAUUUCGAUGGAUAUCCACACCUCCACCAAAUCUUACAAGUUCACUUACUCCUGCGAGCUGCUACCGAUAUGCAAGGAUGAUUUGGUGGCACUCCCACCAAAAUUGGCCAAAUCCAUUGGCAAUAUCACACCAUUGGCCCUUUGCUACCGAGUUGGAACAUCAGUCAAUCUUCUAGAUCCCCAUACUCUACAGACUGCUGAUCUACCGUCUUCGGUCUAUUGGAGAUCCCCGUUCAAGAGCCUUGCGGACGUAAAGGAGCUCGUUGAGUUUGUGGUGUUGGAUAUCGAAUCUACAGGGGCGCAAAACGGCCGAUUCUUUGGUGCCGAGGUUACCGUUGCCAGGGCGUCGGAUCUAGGAUCAAAUGACACCACCUACUAUUGCAGAACUCAUCUGGGAGGUGUGCUCCACGUAGGAGAUUCGGUCCUGGGUUAUCACCUGACCGGAACGAAUUUCAAUAACUCCCAAUUUGAAGAGCUGGAACAGAGCAACACAUAUGGUUCUACCAUUCCAGACGUUUUGCUGGUCAAGAAGUUCUAUGCUCGAAAGAAGAAACCAAAAUCGAGAAGCUGGAGACUCAGGCGCAUGGAAAAGGACGAGGGAGAGCUGCUGCCGAAGAAGGCCGAUCAAGAGCGGAUGGAUGCCGAUUACGAAAUGUUCCUGCGAGACGUAGAAGAGGACGCUGAACUCAGACAAACGCUUGCGCUGUACAAGGCCAAGCAACAGAAGACCAAAGCCGCGGACGAUGAAAUGAGCUUGGUUACAGGUGAUGAGAGCGAGGAUGAAGUACCUAAGAUCAACAUGGACGAGUUGUUGGAAGAGUUCGAUGAAAUGAAUGUUAACGAUACGGAGGCAUGA